AUGUCACUCGCACACACAGCUGCAGAGUACAUGCUAUCAGAUGCCCUGCUGCCCGACCGUAGGGGACCCCGCCUCAAAGGACUGCACCUGGAACUUCCCCUGGACCGCAUGGUCAAGUUCAUAGCUGUGGGCUUCCCCUUGUUGCUGAUGUCCCUAGCAUUUGCCCAGGAGUUCUCUUCCGGGCCCCCCAUCCGAUGCUUCUCUCCCAGUAACUUCAGCAUCCGGCAGGCCGCCUACGUGGACGGUUCCUGCUGGGACUCACUUAUUCACCACGAACAGGAUGAGCUUGGCCAGAACAAGAUGAAAUCCCUGUGGCCUCACAAGGCCCUGCCCUACUCCCUGCUGGCCUUGGCUGUGGUCAUGUACCUGCCUGUUCUGCUGUGGCAAUAUGCAGCCCAGCCGGCCCUCAGCUCGGAUCUGCUCUUCAUCAUCAGCGAACUGGACAAAUCCUACAAUCGUUCCAUCCGCCUGGUGCAGCACAUGUUGAAGAUCCGGCAGAAAAGCUCAGACCCCCAUGUUUUCUGGGAUGAGCUGGAGAAGGCUCGGAAAGAACGAUACUUUGAAUUCCCCUUGCUAGAGCGGUACCUGGCCUGUAAGCAGCGCUCACAUUCCCUGGUGGCCACCUACCUCCUGAGGAACUCCCUCCUGCUCCUCUUCACCUCAGCCAUCUACCUGUACCUUUGCCACUUCCACCUGGAUGUCUUCUUCCAAGAGGAAUUCAGCUGUUCCAUCAAGACAGGCCUCCUAAGUGAUGAGACCCACGUGCCCCAUCUGAUCACAUGCAGGCUGACCUCUCUGUCCAUUUUGCAAAUUGUUAGUCUCUCCAGUUUAACAAUAUACACCCUAUUGGUUCCGGUGAUAAUAUACAACCUCACACGACUAUGUCGGUGGGACAAACGGCUCCUAUCCAUCUAUGAGAUGCUGCCAGCUUUCGAUCUCCUCAGCAGAAAGAUGCUGGGAUGCCCCAUCAAUGAUCUCAAUGUGAUCCUCCUUUUCCUCCGAGCCAACAUCUCUGAACUCAACUCUUUUAGUUGGUUGAGUGUCUUAUGUGUUUUGAAGGACACGACCACCCAGAAGCACAACAUUGACACAGUGGUCGAUUUCAUGACAUUAUUGGCUGGCUUAGAACCCACAAAACCUAAACAUCUCACCCAAAGGGUGUGUGAUGAAAACCCCUAGUUAAAAAACCGUGGAGCAAGAAAUUUUAUGGAAAGUAAAAAUCUCUCUCCUUCUUCACAAGCCUCACACACUAAGGUACAAAAAUACCCGCUUUAGAAAUGCUAAGUGUGGAUUCAGCUGAAUCACAUCCUGUAUCAUGUUUUCCUAAAGGUGAGAAGAUAAAAUCAACGCAUGAAAACAAAUCUGAAAGUUAGAGCUGAAGAGUCAAAGAACUAAAAAAUUAGAUCUAGAGCAUUCUAUGAGGAUAGGGGGGGAAAAAAAACACCUAAAACUCAACUGAAGUCUAGACAUUCUAUAAGGAAAGAAGGUGCUAAAGGCUAUUUAUGGAGGCAGGUUCUUUUCAGUAUAUGCACUCCAUUGCCCUUCUGGAAUGCACGCUCAGCUCAACCCAAAGAGCAAAAGGGCAAUCUGUUAAGUGAAUAAAAAUGUGAAAUGCU